CACAGUCGUAUAUAAUGCUGGAUGUUGUUGAAUGUAUCUAGCGUCAUAGAGGAAACAGGAUUGUUCGAAGGAUGGCAAAAGAGAAACCAUCUUUACUCUUCUGGAGCAUCCCUUAUUGAUUUAUUUUCAGAGUGAAAAAUACGCCAGUUGGGGUGGAUGCCCCUUAGUGUGAAGAUGUAUCCUAUAACAAAAAUAUUUACGUUUUUAAUUAUUUCAUCUGUAUUUUGCGUUGGAGUCUACUCGAAUGAUGAAGAAAGAUUAGUGCGAGAUUUAUUUAGAGGCUACAACAAACUCAUCAGACCCGUUCCAAAUAUGACAGAAAAAGUACACGUAAAGUUUGGACUCACAUUUGUACAACUUAUUAACGUGAAUGAAAAACAUCAAAUUAUGAAAUCUAAUGUUUGGCUGAGACUUGAAUGGUUUGAUUAUCAACUACAAUGGAAUGAAACCGACUAUGGAGAUAUCAAAGUUCUGAGAUUGCCACCGGACAAAGUUUGGAAACCAGACAUAGUCUUAUUUAAUAAUGCUGAUGGUAAUUAUGAGGUUCGUUAUAAGAGCAACGUACUUAUUCAUCCAAAUGGAGCAGUAUUAUGGGUUCCUCCUGCAAUUUACCAGAGCUCAUGUACCAUUGACGUAACAUAUUUUCCAUUUGAUCAACAGACUUGUGUAAUGAAAUUUGGCUCUUGGACAUUUAAUGGGGAUCAGGUAUCGUUAUCAUUAUAUAAAGAUGCACAUUUCGUCGAUUUAUCAGACUACUGGAAAAGUGGAACCUGGGACAUAAUCAAUGUUCCAGCUUAUUUAAAUACUUAUCGUCAAGUAGAUGGUCCAACUGAAACUGAUAUUACUUACAACAUUAUUAUACGGAGAAAAACUUUAUUUUAUACGGUAAAUUUAAUUUUACCAACUGCGUUAAUUUCCUUUCUAUGUGUAUUGGUGUUUUACUUACCAGUAGGUGCUGGUGAAAAAGUAACACUUGGAAUCAGUAUUCUCCUAUCACUUGUUGUAUUUCUUCUGUUAGUGAGUAAGAUUUUACCACCGACUUCACUUGUAUUACCUCUCAUUGCCAAAUAUUUGCUAUUUACAUUCAUUAUGAAUACUUUGAGCAUUCUUGUGACUGUUGUUACUAUAAACUGGAAUUACCGAGGGCCCAGAACACACAAAAUGCAUAAAUAUAUGCGUUUAAUAUUUCUUAAAAUUCUUCCAACAAUAUUAAUGAUGCGCCGACCGAAAAAAUCACGUCUCAAAUGGAUGUUGGAGCUUCCAAAUGAAAACUCACAUACGACAGAUUCUGGAAACUUUAUAGAUCAACUUCUUGCAUUAAAUAAUAAACGCAAAGUAGACGAGAUACAAUUGACUGAAAUAAUUUAUCAUCAUCCUAAUUGUGAUGUUCGUCGUCAAUCUCAUAGAUCUAAGGCUUCAGAAGCUGAUAGUGGACAGAAAUCAAGAAGUUCAAAUAUUAUAUUACAUCCUGAUAUUAAAGCAGCUACUGAGGCAGUAGAAUUUAUUGCAGAACAUCUUCGAAAUGAAGAUCUUUAUUUUCAGAUUCAAGAAGAUUGGAAAUUUGUUGCAAUGGUUGUCGAUCGGUUCAUGUUGUGCAUAUUUUUUCUAGUAACAAGUGCUGGAACUGUUCAUAUUUUGAUGGAUGCUCCUCACAUCUUUGAAUAUGUUAAUCAAGAUCAAAUAAUUGAUAUUUAUAAGUGGAGAGAUAAUGACAUAGGUUCUGGAUAAUUUUGAUCAUUCAUUUAAGAAUGCAAUUGGUAUAUUUUAUAAAAGCAAGUAAAAACUUUUUAUGUAGAUAUUUAAUAAUAAUUUUAUUCCAGCAUGAACUUUAUGCAAAAUGACGAACAAAUAUUUAAAUUGGUAAUCUUUUUUCUCUUGAGUGAAAAAUAAUAUUUCUACAAACUGUAUUUUCAUGUAAAUUUAUAAGUAUGUUAUGAUGGAAUUUUUCUACAUGAAAUUCAUGUUAACAAUUUCUGAUAUGUCUUCCAUCAAUAUUGAUACAAUAUUUACUUAUUGAUGAUGAAGGAAAUUCGGAGAUUUUAAAUUAAAUUAAAAAUAUUUAUCAGUCACAAUUGAAGUUGCCAAAUAAAGUACAAAUAAAGGAAUAGAAAGAACUUAUGCUCAACAGAGAUGAAUAUUUAUAAAUAUAUUAUAUUUGAAGAUAGAUUUUAUAUUUUAAAUAAUAAAUUGCACUAAUAUUGAGUA